GCGUGUGCUUGUGGCGGAAGUUACUUUGAAGCAAGAAGGCAGAGGGGUGGAUAAACGGUUCGGCCCCAUCGUUUUAAAAAGGCGUGAAGUUCAGCCCUUAUCGACGUCUUUUCACACCCUCCCUCGCAUGUUUUGUCAAGAAAUAUAACAAUGUCCCCGCCAGGAGCUUCAAACGAGGAUAAGGAAAACCACCGCGAAGAAAUUAAGGUGUGACUACAACGGGCGCAGAGUGUGUGUGUGCAUGCACGUUCCUGCUGCUACGCGAAAGAGUGAGUGGUGUAGCAGCUGACCGCUGCAACGUAAUGCCAAGAUGCUGCUGUCCCUGGGAAUGCUGAUGCUGUCGGCCACGCAGAUCUACACCAUCUUCACCGUCCAGCUCUUCGCCUUCCUCAACCUGCUGCCCGUGGAAGCCGACAUCUCUGCCUACUCGUUUGACAACAAAACCGACACCUUUGAUGACCUCCCUUCACGCUUUGGGUACCGACUACCCAGCGAUGGAUUGAAGGGCUUCCUGAUUGGUGCACGGCCAGCCAAUGCGUGCGAGCCCAUCGAGCCCCCUCCCAGGGACAACUUGACAGGAGCCUUCAUCGUCCUCAUCAAACGCUUUGACUGCAACUUUGAUAUUAAGGUCCUCAAUGCACAGAAAGCUGGGUACAAGGCAGCCAUUGUUCACAAUGUGGACUCUGAUGACUUGAUCAGCAUGGGCUCCAAUGAUUUGGAUGUUCUGAAGCAGAUAGAUAUUCCCUCUGUAUUUGUGAGUGAGGAUACCGCCAACACUCUAAAAGAGGACUACCUGUAUGACAAAGGCGGACGUGUGAUCCUCAUGCCCGACUUUAGCCUGCCGCUGGAAUACUACUUGAUCCCCUUCCUUAUCAUCGUGGGAAUCUGCCUCAUCCUCAUUGUGGUCUUCAUGAUCACAAAGUUUGUCCAAGAUCGACACAGGGCCAGGAGGAGCCGCCUCCGCAAAGAUCAAUUAAAGAAACUUCCGAUCCACAAGUAUAAAAAAGGAGACGUCUACGACGUGUGUGCCAUCUGUCUGGACGAGUACGAAGAAGGGGACAAACUGAGGGUGCUGCCAUGUUCUCAUGCCUACCACAGCAAGUGUGUGGACCCCUGGCUGACCAAGACCAAGAAGACGUGUCCCGUGUGCAAGCAGAAGGUGGUCCCCUCGCAGGACGACUCCGACUCGGAGGAGAGCGGCGGCGAAGAGAACGAGGAGGCGUCGGAGAGCACGCCCUUGCUGCGCUCGCUCGCCUCCACCAGCGCCCACUCCUUCGGCACCAUGUCGUUGGCGUCCCCCUCGGACCAGGACCACGAGUCGUCCUCGGAGUACGAGUACGAGCUGGACAACAGCAGCAACAGCGAGGAGGAAGAGGACCAGGUCACCGUGGAAACGGUGGUGGUUCAGAUGCAGCAGUCAAGUCCUGACAGCCAACAAGAAGAGCUGCUCCAAGCCUGAAACUAAAGACUGUAUAUACACACUCCAUACUUGUCAUUUAUUGUACAUACUCUAAUGCACCUUCUGGACUCUCCUCCAUCCAGCCUCUCUCUUUUUCACUAGACUGAAACAUUUACCAAGGACUAUCAGACAAAAGUUAACACAUUCCUAUGAAAAGAGAGUAUUUUCAGAUAAAUUGUAUUUAAAACAUUAGGGGAAAAGUAGCUGCAAUGUUCCAACUAAAUUUACAUUUCUGAGAUGAAUAGUAUAUUCCAUAAUGUUAUGACUAUAGAAAGUAUUAUGAGUAAGUCAUUGCAAAAAAAACAUUAGCGUAGUAUGAGGCAAAUAUUUAAUUUGCUUAUUUUGAAUUUCUCAAAUUUAAUGGAAGUGCAUAGAAAAAAAUCGUAACAUUGCGAUAAGAGUCAAUAUUUGAUUAAUAUAUUUACUCAAAUCUCUUAAGAUUAGCACAGUAUUACCGUAUUUUCCGCACUAUAAGGCGCACCUAAAAACCUCCAAUUUUCUUAAAAGCUGAGUGCGCCUUAUAUAUGGACCAAUAUUGAGCCACAACAGGAUGCAUAAAGUAACCCCAGCCUCUACUGUAGCGUCUAUUCUAUGCGCCUUAUAAUGAACGUUUUAAAAUAGGCCAUUCAUUGAAGGUGCGCCUUAUAAUCCGGUGCGCCUUAAAGUGCGGAAAAUAUGGUACAAUAAAUUACAUGUAGAAUUUGGGACAAUAAUAUUCAGACAGAUUAUAGAAUAUUGCAAGAGGAUAAACUGGAACAUGACUGGAUGCUUGUUUUUACACUAGAAAUUUCUUGGGCAGAUGUCAGAUAAUGAUUGUAAUCUUACAGUGAGGAUGAAAUAUGACAGAAUUGUGUCAAAUAUUAAAUUAUUGCAAGUAUUGAGAGUACAUGUUACAACAAACUAGUCUUAAAAGUGCAAUUUUAGGAGAAAAAAAUUCAAGGCGAGUUUUGUGACUGAUUUUGAAAAGCCAAAGUUACACAACAUUGUGAGAGCAGCAGAUUUUAUAAACAUGUUUUUCAUUUAAAUAGCUUUUUUUGUAAGAUUUCAAAAUAAAAUCACUUGCCUCACAAAACGAUCAAUGUUAUUAUACUGUUAGUCCUUGGUAAAACACAAAUCACUGAUGAAGGAACAGCAUGUCUGUGCUAACAUUGCUUUGACAUUAACUUCUGCUUUCUCACUUGUCUCUUACGCUUGAAAAAUAAAAGACAUGUCAUACUUUAUUCCGGACUUAAUGCCAUUUUUUUUUUUUUAAAAAGGUUUUCCCAAGGUAAAAUCGACGGUGACACAAAUUGCAUGGGAAUAUUCCCGGAAGAAGACGUGCAACAGUUGCUCUGGUUGGAAUAAAUUUAUUUUGAUCUGUCUGUAAACAAGGUGAUAAAUCAAAGUAUGGCAUUGUUGUUUGGAUGCAUUGACAGACUGUAUCCCAGAUACAAGAAACUAAAUCAGCCAACGGGACCUUAAACAGAUUUUUGAUGAGUACAAAUGUCCUUUAGGCCUAAAAGUGAAGCUGAAGCUUAAAAAAAAAAAAAAGAAAAAAAAGGGGGGUGCCAAUGAAAUAAGAUUUCUAACAUUAUGGCACAGAAUUUCUGAUCGUUACUCCCAUCUCCCAAUGAUGUUUAGCGGUUGGACGUUACAGUUAGCGGCCACUGAGCGUCGUGGCUCAGCGACGAUGACAGAAGGCAAUUUUUAUUUAUUCCACAGUUUCAGUUGUCAACACAGCACGAGGGCGCUCAAAUGCAGGAGAAAGUGAAACUGGUUCACCUCCGCUGCAUGUGAGCGGUAGAACAGAAUCUGCUUGGUGUUGAACCAACACGACUACACUUGGUCCUAUUUUAAAAAAUAAAAUAAAAAAAGUGGGGAAAUGGCAACAAUAUUCAUUACAGGAGCUGGCAAAAAAAAACGAAAACAAAAAAACACGAUAUUAAGUGCCUGAGCCAGUAACCGUGGAAUGUCCGUUGCUGUGAUUGGACAGGUGGAGUGGUGGCCAGGAGAGGAGAAGCUACCAGCGUCAUUAGCCCAGCUGGUCCAUAACCCCCUCCCCCACACUCACUUUGACUACGAUCAAUUUGGGGGGGGGGGG